GGCGAAACCGGCUCUAUUUUCUGCAACAACCAUACAAAAAUGCCCAUCCCUGACAUAAUUUACAUCUGGACUAGGAAUUUAUAAGUUGCACGAUCCAAGGAAGCUUGUUCUUUGUUGAGCCUUGGAAGUUGGUUCGGUGAGAGAGGACAUGGAAGAACGGUACGAGGAAUUGAAGGACCUUGGUUCGGGGAACUUCGGAGUGGCCAGGUUGGCUAAAGACAAGAACACAGGGGAGCUUGUUGCCAUCAAAUACAUAGAAAGGGGGAAAAAGAUUGAUGCGAAUGUUCAAAGGGAGAUAGUUAACCACCGAUCUUUGAGGCAUCCAAAUAUUAUCAGGUUCAAAGAGGUAUUUCUGACCCCUACUCAUUUGGCUAUUGUUCUGGAAUAUGCUGCUGGUGGUGAACUCUUCGAGAGGAUAUGCAAUGCUGGUCGAUUGAGUGAAGAUGAGGCAAGAUUUUUCUUCCAACAAUUAAUAUCUGGAGUGAGCUAUUGUCAUUCCAUGCAAAUAUGUCAUAGAGAUCUGAAAUUGGAAAACACGUUGUUGGAUGGAAAUCCAGCUCCUCGACUUAAAAUCUGUGACUUUGGUUUCUCCAAGUCUGCUUUACUGCACUCUCAUCCUAAAUCUACAGUUGGAACUCCUGCAUACAUUGCCCCAGAAGUUUUGUCACGAAAGGAAUAUGAUGGAAAGAUUGCAGAUGUUUGGUCUUGUGGUGUUACUCUUUAUGUGAUGUUAGUUGGAUCAUACCCAUUUGAAGAUCCAGAAGAUCCUAAAAAUUUUAGAAAGAGUAUUGGGAGAAUUAUGAGUGUUCAAUACAUCAUACCGGACUAUGUACGUGUUUCUACCGAGUGUAGACAUCUCCUCUCUCGUAUUUUUGUCGCCAACCCUGCCAAGAGGAUCACAAUAUCCGAGAUAAAACAGCACAUUUGGUUUCGGAAGAACUUGGCAAGGGAGAUAAUUGAGGCCGAGAGAAAAGGUUAUGAGGAAACACCAAAGGAUCAAGCAAGCCAAAGUGUGGAAGAAAUCAUGCGGAUCAUACAAGAGGCAAGGACACCAGGGCUGAAAACCAAUGGUGCAGAGGACGCAGGGACAGGAUCAUCGAAUGCUUUGCAUGGUAACGAGGUUAACGAGGAAGUUGAUGUUGGAGGGGACUAUGCCUAUGCCAAACACCUUGGCCUCAUUUAGUUUGUGUUUGGGUACAUUUCCUUUGAUUGGUUACCAAAAUAGUAUGCAUUCUUCGUGUGUGGGCAGGGUAUAGAGUUGAAUUCAACACAAUGCAUGUCAAAUUUCAAAUUUGGCCUAUUUGUCAAAGUCAAUUUUAAACUUCGAUUUUUUAAGUAUUACUUUAAUAUUUCCUCGCGUUUUUAUACUAAAAGAAUAAAUAAAAAUAAAGGAAAAAAUAAUUCAUUUC